CCAGGUGUGUUUACCUGUUCCCCGCUGCUGCUGCUCAGCUCCGGUCUCCUUCUAGACCCGGUCCUGUUCUGACGGUCCGGGUCCUGGUCUGACUGUCCUGAUCUGACGGUUCGGGUCUGAGGUUCUGGAUCGUCGGAGUGACGCGAUGCCGGAAGUUCAUUUGAAGAACGAGACGUGCAGAAACAGCUCAGUGUUCAGGUUGUGGUGCGGCUCUCAGUCCACACUGUGUUUGUUUUCUGGAGAGCCAACGGCGUCCGACGCUCACCUGAACGGCAGCAGCUCAGGUGUCCAGUCCUCCAGGAGUUACCAGCUGUGGCUCGGCCUGAUGCUCGCCCUUCUGUCGGCCGUCCUGAUUGGUGGCAGCGUCAUCCUGAAGAAGAAAGCCCUCCUCCGAUUGGCCAGGAACGGACACAUCAGAGCAGGUGAUGGAGGUCACAGUUACCUGAAGGACUGGAUGUGGUGGGGAGGCCUGCUGACCAUGGGAGCUGGAGAAGCCUGUAACUUCGCCGCCUACAUGUUUGCUCCAGCCACGCUGGUGACUCCGCUGGGCGCCCUCAGCAUCCUCAUCAGUGCAGUUCUGUCCUCCUACCUGCUGGGGGAGCUGUUGAACCUGCUGGGGAAGCUCGGCUGUCUACUGAGCGUGCUUGGAAGCAUCUUGCUGGUCAUCCACGCCCCACAGGAACAGGAAGUGACAUCACUGCAGGACAUGGCCACCAAGCUGCUGGAGCCUGGCUUCCUGGUCUACAUGGGGCUGGUUCUGGUCCUGUGUCUCAUCCUCAUCCUCUACUUCUGUCCUCGUUUCGGCCGGUCCAACAUCCUGGUGUACGUGGGUGUCUGCUCGCUGCUGGGAGCGUUCACCGUCUCCUCGGUGAAGGGCCUCGCGAUCGCCAUGGAUACCGUGUUUCAGGACGUCUCUGUUCUCACUAAUCCUCUCACCUGGAUCCUGCUCUUCACCCUCAUCAUCUCCAUAGUAACACAGGUGAACUACCUGAACAAGUCUCUGGACACCUUCAGCACGCUGCUGGUCUACCCCGUCUACUACGUGUUCUUCACCUCCGUGGUGCUGUCCACCUCCAUCAUCCUGUUCCAGGAGUGGAGCAGCAUGUCAGCCGUGGACGUGGUCUCCACGCUGGGGGCCUUCCUGGUCAUCAUGGUGGGCGUGGCCAUGCUGCACCUGUUCAGGGACCUACAGGUCACGUGGAAGCAGCUGACCAAUCAGCUGUCUCAGCCGCUGGAGAGGGAGGGGCUUAGGGAGGAGAUUCUGGCCAAUGAGACAGCAGGAGGGCGGCGCAAAAAGGAGGACAAAUACGGACUCAUGGACAACAUGGUGGUAGAAAGUCUGCCUCCGAUGAGAGACGAAGGUCCAAGAGUCUUCAUCAUCAGCUGAGCACAGACAGACACACAAACGGACAUACAAACACCUGGACACAAAGACACACAAACACCUGGACACAAACACCUUGUUAUGGCAGGUUCAAAAGGCUCAGGAGCAGGAAAUGAAACACCAGCGUGAACAUUUUAAAAAUGCUUUUAUUCACAACAAGAAACUCUACAGGAACCGGAACUAGAAUCUUAGAGAAGAACUAAACUACUACUAGAACUAAAAAACAAAACCCAUCUAGAGGUACAGAGGAAUAACUACAUGAACAUGGAAACUGAAA